CCUAAAGUUAAAUUGGACUAACCAAAAGUCAAUUUUAGCCAGUAAAAUAACCCUUCCUUAUCCCGUUAUUAAACCAAGAAAAAUUGCGGUUGUCAAAGACGACUUGCCUGAGGAUAUUCUGGCUAAUUUACCCGCUGACCCUAAUCUCGAUUUACUAACCACUAACGAAUUAGAAAAAAGCAUUAUGGGACGCAAGAAAUCCCAAUGA